CCGAAGGCUGGAGUCCGGGCUCGGGCAGCGAGCGGGGUAGAGCCAACCGCCGCACUUACUGCGCCAGGACUCGCCGCAGCCUCCCAGCGCGCCCCCGCACGGAGCUGAGUGAGCGAGGAGCCGGUGGGGCAGGGGGAGCCGCGGAGCCCGCAGGGGGCAGGCGAGGCACCGACGGACGGACGCAGCCUCCCGGAGGGGAGCGGGCGGAGCCGCCGCCGCUUGGAGCAGAAGUUUGGCUGGCGCCGCAGAGAGGAAACUUUUCUCUGGGGGCCGGAGGCGGGGGCGGCGGACAGGAGCCGACACUGGGCUGGUUCGGGCCGGACUCUGGGAUCCGUGACCUAGCGCGGGGGCUUCUGCGCGGCUCCCCCGGGCCGGGCCGGGCUGCGGCGGCCGGGAUGUACCUGGCAGCUGUCUUGGCGGGGAGGAGGCGCCCGGGCGGCGGCGGCUGGCACCUGGGGGCGGGGUGGCUGCUCCUGGUGCUGCUGGGCGAGUCUGGAACCCGGGCGCUCGUCUGCCUCCCCUGCGACGAGUCCAAGUGCGAGGAGCCCAAGAGCUGCCCCGGCAGCAUCGUGCUGGGCAUCUGCGGCUGCUGUUUCAUGUGCGCCCGGCAGCGCAACGAGAGCUGCGGGGGCGUCUACGGGCUGCACGGAGCCUGCGACCGCGGGCUUCGCUGUGUCAUCCGCCCCCCGCUCAACGGGGACUCCAUCACCGAGUACGAAGUGGGCGUCUGCGAAGAUGAAAAUUGGGAUGAUGAUCAGCUGCUUGGAUUUGAACCUUGCAAUGAAAACCUUGUAACAGGUUGCAACAUAAUCAAUGGGAAAUGCGAAUGUGACACCAUUCGCACCUGUAGUAAUCCAUUUGAGUUUCCAAGCCAGGAUGCUUGCCUGUCAGCUUUAAAAAGGAUUGAAGAAGAGAAACCUGACUGUUCCAAGGCCCGCUGUGAGGUCCAGUUUUCUCCUCGCUGUCCAGAAGAUUCCAUUUUGAUUGAAGGUUAUGCUCCUCCAGGGGAAUGCUGUCCACUUCCAAGCCGCUGUGUGUGCAACCCUGCAGGUUGCUUGAGGAAAGUUUGCCAACCAGGCUACUUGAAUAUAUUGGUUUCUAAAGCAUCAGGGAAGCCAGGGGAGUGCUGUGAUCUCUACGAAUGUAAACCAGUUUUCAGUGUGGAUUGCAGCACAGUGGAAUGCUCUCCUGUUCAACAAGUUGUUUGUCCACUGGAUAGCUAUGAAACCCAAGUCAGGCUGACGGCUGAUGGCUGCUGUACUCUUCCCACAAGAUGCGAGUGUCUCUCUGGUUUAUGUGGUUUCCCCAUGUGUGAGGCAGGCUCCAUUCCCCAAAUAGUCUCACGUGGAGACGGAACACCCGGCAAGUGCUGUGAUGUCUUUGAAUGUGUCAACGAAGUGAAACCAGCUUGCAUAUUUAACAGUGUGGAGUAUUAUGAUGGAGACAUGUUUCGAAUGGAUGCCUGUCGUUUCUGUCGAUGUCAAGGUGGCGUCUCGAUUUGUUUCUCAGCCCAGUGUGGCGAGCUGCACUGCGACAGGUACUAUGUGCCAGAAGGAGAGUGCUGUCCAGUCUGUGAAGAUCCAGUAUAUCCAGUUAAUAACCCUGCUGGCUGCUAUGCCAAUGGUCAGAUCCAAGCACAUGGAGAUCGAUGGAGAGAAGAUGACUGCACUUUCUGCCAGUGUAUCAAUGGAGACCCUCACUGUGUGGCAACAGCCUGUGGACAGAGUUGCCUGAAUCCUGUUAAGGUACCUGGGGAAUGCUGCCCAGUGUGUGAAGAACCAACAUAUAUCACAAUAGGUCCACCCACAUGUGAGAUUUUGGUGAACUGCACAUUGACUGAGAGAGACUGUAUGUACAGCUUCAGACUGGACCAAAAUGGUUGCCGCAUUUGUCAGUGCAAAACUAGAGAGGAGCUGUGUACUGGCCUCAUAUCAGGGUGUUCCUUGGACUGUUCCUUCGGUUUCCAGACUGAUGUCCACAACUGUGAGAUCUGUCAGUGCCGUUCAAGGCCUAAGAAAUGCAAACCCAUAGUAUGUGACAAGUACUGUCCAUUUGGAUACUUGAAGAACAAGCAUGGCUGUGACAUCUGUCGCUGUAAGAAAUGCCCAGAACUUCCUUGUGGUAAGAUCUGUCCAAUGGGCUUCCAGCAGAAUAAUCAUGGUUGUCUUCUCUGUAAGUGCAGAGAGAUACCAGAUUCUGUUAUGCCACCAGUUAAAACAGGCUCUUGCCUGUCAAUGGAUGGGCGGCGUCAUGAGAAAGAGGAGAGCUGGCAUGAUGGUUGCCGAGAAUGUUAUUGUCACAAUGGACGGGAGAUGUGUGCCUUGAUCACCUGCCCUGUACCUAACUGUGGCAACCCUACCAUACAUCCAGGACAAUGUUGUCCAUCGUGUCCAGAUGAAUCUAUUGUGCAGAAGCCAGAGCUCAGCAGUCCAUCUAUCUGCCAUGCUCCAGGAGGAGAGUACUUUGUAGAAGGAGAGACAUGGAAUAUUGAUUCCUGCACGCAGUGUACAUGCCAUAGUGGACGUGUUCUGUGUGAGACUGAAGUCUGUCCACCUCUUCUUUGUCAAAACCCCAUCCGUACGCAGGAUUCGUGCUGUCCACAGUGCCCAGAUGAACCUCUUCAGCCUUCCUCAUCGAGCAACGAGAGCAUGCCCAGUUACUGCAAAAAUGAUGAAGGAGAUAUUUUCCUGACAGCUGAGUCCUGGAAACCCAAUGUCUGUACUAGUUGUAUUUGCAUGGAUGGUGUGAUUAGCUGCUACUCUGAAUCUUGCCCACCAGUAUCCUGUGAGAGACCUGUUUUGAGAAAAGGACAGUGUUGUCCUUAUUGUAUAGAAGAUACAAUACCAAAGAAGGUGGUGUGUCACUUUAGUGGAAAAACAUAUGCAGAUGAGGAACGUUGGGACAUUGACAGCUGCACACACUGCUACUGCCUGCAGGGUCAGACCCUUUGCUCCACUGUCAGUUGCCCCCCUCUCCCCUGUGUAGAACCCAUCAACGUUGAGGGAAGUUGCUGUCCCAUGUGUCCAGAGAUGUAUGUACCUGAGCCCACCAACAUCCCCAUUGAGAAGACAAAUCAUCGAGGAGAUGCUGAACUAGAAGCACCAAUUUGGCCUACACCCAGUGAAAAUGACAUUGUCCAUCUCCACAGAGACAUGAGUCAUCUUCAAGGAGAUUUCAGAGAAGGCAUUGGACUGCACUCCAGUGAAGAUACAUCUCUCAACUCCGUUGCCUGGGUGACGGUUCCCAUCAUGACAGCCCUGGUUCUUAUAAUAGCCCUUCUGCUUGUCAAUCAGAAAAAGCAGUGGAUACCAGUGUCCUGCUACAGAGCCCCAACAAAGCCUUCUUGCCUAAACAAUCAGCUGGUAUACGUGGACUGCAAGAAAGGAACCAUGGUCCAGGUGGACAGUUCUCAGAGAAUGCUAAGAAUUGCUGACCCAGAUUCAAGAUACAGUGGAUUCUACAGCAUGCAAAAACAGAACAACCUACAGGCAGAUAAUUUCUAUCAAACAGUUUGAAGAAUUGCACCUUUGCCAAGGAUUUGAGAAAGGAGGAGAGCAAGAGACUAAGUCUGCUAUUAAAAUAAAACUAGAAUUGUGCACUUGCUUAGUGGAUUGUAUUGGAUUUGUGACUUCAUGUACAGCUCUAAGACCUUACUGGGAUGGGCUCUGACUCCUGCAAUGUGCCGGAACAAGCAUUCCCACUUUUCCUUGCGAUAACUGACCAAGAGUUUUCUUAGAACCAAAGUUUUAAAACUUGUUAAGAUGUAUUUGCUUGUAACAUAGCUAUAGAGAUUGUUUGGGUGGGUGAAUUUGGGGUUGGGUGGUGAAAUGAGAGAGAGCUUCAAAGAAGAAAAGCUGGUCAAGCUUGGCUCGGGGAGAAAACAAAUAAAGAAUAUUGCCAAGCAUCAGGAUGGUGGCUUUUCUUGUUGCUCUGAAACUGCAUUUGUUGCAGCAAAGCCUAACCCCACAUGGAAACAGAAAACAAAGAGGUCUGAUUUUUUUCCCAGCUGUUGCUACGAAAGUAUACUCCUAGAACAGAACCUGUCAUGUCACAGGUAUGGUGUAGCUGCAUAUAUUUUUCUAUAUGACAAGAAGCUGCAGUAGUUAAUGAUAUAGCAAGGAAAAGGUUAUAGCAGAAUAUAAAGGGUGGGUUUAUUAAGGAUGUAUAAAAUUAUACCUUGUGCUGCUUUUUGUUUUAAUUUUGUUUUCUGCAAAGCUGAUUGGCCAGAUUUUGGCAGAGUUAGCAAAUGACUGAGGCCUAAAUAAUUCCUGAUAUGAGCACUGGAUCUUUUGACGGCAGUAUUGAAGGAAGGAAGCGAAAGUCAAGAACACCAUGCAGUUCCAGGGGCUUUUGUGUGUUGUGUUUUUGUUUUGUUGUUUUGUAUUAAUCUCUGGUUGUUCAGACAGUUUUAGUGGAGGAGGAGGAAAAAAUAUUUUUGUUGGACAAAGCUCUUGCUUAAAUGAAAGAGUAAAAAAGAGACUGUUUUAAGGUUUUUCCUGUUGUUCUUAUUUACUGGUUAUGCAGAUUAGAAACUACUUCCGUGCUAGGAAGCUACUUAAUUUUAAUUGUAUAUUACUCAAGCACCUUUUUUGAAGCUCAGAAAAAAGGAGAUCAUGCUUCUUUAAACAUUAGCAUUAUAGGAAUAUUUAUGUAAAUAUAAUUAUGCUAAAAACAACAAAGUAUUUGUAUGUCUGUGUGUAUAUAUGUGCAUAUAUAUAGUGUGUGUGUGUGUGCAUACACACAAACACACUAUAUAUGU